CCAUGAAAGGGAAGCUUUCUUUUUCGGCGCCAUGAUUUGCAUGUCAAGCAGCCAGUGAUUAUCUACAAUGCAACAACCCCAAAUGGCCGACGAAGAAGAAGAAUCCUGGCAAGAAUUUUUUGAUAACAACAGGGCAAUCCUCCCCCAUCCGUCCAGAAGGAUCAUUGAUGGUCAAAAACAAGCUAUUACAGGUUUUUGUUUGACCAUAAAAGCUGUUGAAGGAGUUCGUUUGCCACAGGCUCUUACAAACGAAAUAGCACCAAAUGAUGCAGAAUUUCAACUAAGAAUCACUUUCUUUGAUACUGCAAACAAGUACUUUUAUGGAAGCACUUGGCUUGGUCCAAUAUUAAGUGCUGCAAGUUUUGAUAAUGGAAGGUUUACCAUAGAUAGUGAAGAGCCUUUAUAUUUUCACUCCUCAUUGAACGACUACACUUGUGUAACAGCUGCUGAGAUUAUAGUGUUUGGUAAAAACAACCAAGGAUACAGUCUAGGAUGGACAUUUCUAAGAAUUUUUGAUAGAGUAAAUGAACUUAGGGAUAUUUCUACGCCUCCACUCAUUCAAAGGCAUUCAAUCUACCGUGGUUCUUUGGGAUUGCUGCAUUAUCUACCACCACAAGAUGAUCUUGAAGGAUACCUUGAUAACCAAAAAAUAGAAGGUUGCUAUAUCUGUUAUUCACUACAAAUCCAUCCUGCCCUGGAAAAAGUCUUCCAUCUUUUUCCAGAAAAUCUUCUUCUUGGAGGAGAUGAUAUUGUUCCUGGAAUAUCUGAAACAAAGAGUGAAGAUGAUGAAGUCAUUAAUAUUCUGAGAAAGCCUAGACUACUAAAAACAUACCCAUGUUUUAUCAACAAGUUAAGUGUUCAUUUUGAACCAUCAAUUGAGGAUUUUGAAGAACAAAUGUUGGACAAGCUUAAUCUCGAUAGACUGCAUAAAAGUAAUAUUUCGCCUGAUGAUGGUCUGAGAGUUUCAGUAGUUGAAAGGAGAUUAAGGGUUGGCGUACAUAAUGGAUGGACUUAUGUUAGUGAGCCUCAUGUAGUAUAUCUAGAGCCUGAAUAUGAAGGUGGUGGUAGUAAAUCAGGAAGAAGAUCUCCAUCUCCAUCACAGGGAUCUCUCAAGAGUGCUGCAUCCAAGAUAAUCUGCCUUGUGUUGAGAAGUAGACUAGAGUUGGUAGAACUAGUACAGCAUCAUUUAUGUGCAGUUGUCUUUGAAGUAGAGUAUGUAAUAUCUGAGCCAUUUGCUCAACCUCUGAUUGAAACCAAGAAGAAAAAGCCAUCUCUGUCAGGAAGUCUGAUGAGAUCCAACAAACAUACAGUUACUGUUAAAUUUGGAGUGUGGACUCCUUUUGAAGAAAAUCGAAUUGCUGAAGAGGAGGAAAUUUCAUUAGAUCUAGAAGAUGGAGCAAAAGUCUAUCCUGGCAUGAAAAUGGUUUAUAAAGCUAACAAGAAUAAGAUUCCUGGUAAAAUAAAAUUUAUGUUUACCCAGCAAAGAAGAAAAGGGAGCAGCAUGCGCUCCAGUAUUCACGGUUCUCAGACAUUGAAUAUACCACAAUUAAUGAAAGCAGCAUCUAGUCUUGGGUCAGGGCAGCUGGUAUCUACACCUUACAGCUCAAUAGCUGAUAUUCCAGGAAAUCUUGACCCAAAUGUAAAUUUGAGCCCAGGAAUCAUGGGACGGCCACCUUUACCAGAGAGGACAAGAGCUAGUGAUGAUUCCAUUAAUAGAGACUUCAAUACACAGGGUUUUCCAAGAGCCCAUGGCACAGCUCCUGCACCUGCACCUGUUUCUAAUCUAACAGAAGUACCUUAUAGUCCUUAUCAUACUCCCCUGUUGCUAAGCAAUGUUGCAGGGAUGUCAAGUGGUACAUCAACUUUGACACGUGCAGCCUUUGCUCAGCUAUCCAGUACUGGCUAUACAUCUAUUACUGAUCGUCAUGGUAACCCACCAAUGGUGAUUGACCCUGGUGAGGUGGUGCCAUUGAAUAUAGAACAUGAGGUGUCAGAUUCCUUACAAGCCAAUGAAAUAGUAAUACAGUUUCUUGCCCUUUCAAGCUGUUUUGGGCAUCAAUCAGUCUUCUUCACUUUUCAGUUCUACAGAUUUCCACAAGUCACAACUGAAAAGCUUUUUUUAAAAGGUUCAGAGAAACAAGAUCAACAGGGUCUUUUAUGUAUUUUACAAAAACUUUCCAAAGAUGGUUCCAUAUCAAAUGAAGCACCUGGACUUGUGCUGAAGUAUCUUGUUGACCCAGCAUUCAUGCAAGAAGGUGAACGUAAAGUCUUUAGUCGUUAUCUCCUUGCUCAAAAUAUACACAUUGACGUAUGGGAUGGAGAUUCUCUCCUACUUAUUGGUUCUGUUUCCUUGGAACUAAAGCAUCUCCUUCGGCAGGGAAGAGAAGCGGUUCUUGUUAGUCAUGAAGUGGAUAUUGUAUCAGUUGAGUAUUCAGAGGACUCACCUGCCAUGACUGGAGACGUGAACCGUACUGGAACAGUUCGCCCUAUUGGUAUCAAGAGUAGCAUCAAGGGGAGACUCCAUCUUCGUAUUGCAAACAUAGGACAUCACAGUGAAAUGCCUACUGCUAGAUUAGGUACAGUGCCAAAAAAGCGUUCUCAUGUGGUAAUGUCCGAAACAAUUACUGGUUCAUUCAAUGGUAUGGGUUCCACUGUAGGCAGAAAGGAUAGAUGUAAAGCAAAGUUACUAGCAGAAUGUGAUGCGGAAUUAGCUUCAGUGCUUUUUAGUCGGCAAGGAAAAGUGAAUAAGGAUGAUAAAUCUAUCAAUCAAGAUGACGCCAUUAGACAAAGAAAGCUUCAAAGAAUGCAGGCUGUUCGUCAGACAACAGGAGUCAGUGAUAACCUUCCACUUAUAAUCAAAAAAGAAGAAAAACUUCAACGAGCUAGGGACUUGAAGACAAUACAGUUAUACAGAGACAAGAACAAACAUGAGGGUAUAGUCUCGCUUCUGUCUGCCACCAUUACUACUACUUAUACGAUCUACCCAUCCUUUGGUACUGCCGAGUUCUUUGAAUUCGCUAUUAGAAAUCCAUACGAUAUAGAACAGACUAUAGCUAUACAGUGCGAUGACAAGGAACUCAUGGUAAUAACAGAUACCAGAGAAUGGAGGCAUUUCAAGAAAUUCACAGAAACGUAUUCACCCAUGGAAGAAAACAUGUUUAACACAGCAGAUACAACAUUCCCUGAAGUGUUUCUGCGUCCACGAGAAAGCGUUCACAUCCCAUUUAAAUUCCAAACGUUCAAAGCAGAUCAUAGUGUUCCACAACAAGGUCCAUCUCAUCCAUUCAAACAGCAAAUCAYCACGUUUAAAACGUUUGCGACCGUCGAAGACAACAAGCUUCAGCCUCAUACAGUUAAGGUAUCAUUCGUAAUGAAAGACAGCCGACCAAUUGCCAUACUAAACCUGAACAUAGAACCAAGGCCACACAUUAUCGACCAAACCUUUCGCUUCUACCAUCCGGAGCAAUCUUUCCUAAAAAAGUCCAUUCGGUUGCCUCCAUGGCAUUCUUUACCAGGUGCUCCUGUGCUUGAUGAUCAGGCUCCUCCUCAGGUUCAUGUUCGAUGUAGUGAUGUGAACGCUGUUUGUGAGGCAAGGAGAGUGAAGCCUACAGAACCCCAAGAUGUAUUCCUCAAAAUUGCCUGUGGUCCUUCUCCUUCUGUCAAGCGGUUUUUUGUUCUUUUGUACAUAGAUCUUUUCUUUGCGACUCCUUGUCAGACUUGGCAAUUUUAUGUUCAUUCGUUACAGAGGGUUGACAUGAGUGCCGUCGAGGGACAGACCAGUAGAUUAUCAGUAAUAUUACGUGGUACCCAGACUUCUAGACUUGUUAGGUGCUACUCGUCUCAUCCUGCAGAAUUACAGGUUAGUCCUAUGGAUCCCAUUAUGUUGAUGGCUAACACGGUACGUGAGGUUACUCUCAGCCUCACCCCACUCUCCUCGGGAUCUACUCGCUUUAUGUACGUCAACGUCGUUGACAGUGAAUUUCAUCAGCUUGUUCGCACGUGGUUAGUUUGUGCCUCGUGUCAACAACCAGUCAUCUCUAAAGCCUUUGAGCUACAGCUUCAAGUUGGAGGAGGAAAAGGUUCCAAUAAGCGAGUGUCCUUCACCAAUCCAUACCCUACCAGAAACACCUUUAAUCUGCGAUGUAACAGGCCUGAUAUACUUCAGUUUAAAGAAAACGUAAUCGAGGUCGGUCCUGGAGAAUCAUAUCAUAUUGGAUUGCGGUUUGCUCCUCAGUCGACGAUUGGAAACCAACAAGUCUUGAUAUUCAUCAACGAUUCAGAGGGAAAGAAUGAAGAGACUUUUAGCAUAAGUGCUAUUUACAAGUAAAACAAGAUUUGUAUAGCAACGGAGACAAGUCACGUAAUUUAUUUUAUAGACUUUAUUAAACUACAUAUCUGCCCUAAAGUUGGGAACCUAAACUUAGAUAUUUUUUCAUGAUAAGCCAAGUUUUCUCGUUAUGAAUGGCGAAAAUAAUCACGUGAUCUUUUUAUGUCGAUGAACGGAUGACAAAACCUUUUUACUUAUCUCUGUAAUGUGAUAUAAGUGUUUAUCUUGCCUUACAGCUCUCUGAGUGUUUAUAUCCAAAUACACAGACAUAGGCAGCCGUUAUAUCUCGGUUUUAUAAAUGUUUUAUCAUUUUUGCGCGAGCGUGUCUUUACCCUGACUAAUUAAACUAUUUAUAUGUAUAAAACUAUUUAUGUAUAUGCCUCUAAUUUUAACAAGGUAGCCAGUCAAUCAGCGCGCGCGUUAUAUGUCAAAUAUUUAAUCCAUGCCCCAAUUAGCGAGGACGUUAUAUUUCAAAUAUUUGAUAAAUAUGUAUAUUUAGCUUGUUUUCAGAUAUAAAUUUAUUAGAACAUUAUUUGGCAUUGUACUUUACCUAUUAAUAAAUUUGGAAGGCCACACGUU